AUGCGAAAACUUCUCCUCGGUAUAACGUUCUCAACGGCUGCUUACUGCUAUGGAAAACCAACUAUUCUGAUCGACUCACCAAAGGCAAAGUGUAUUGCAGUCGAAGCCGCACAAGACACAAUACUUCGUGUCGAGUACGAUGCACCAGACACGGUAGUCGAAAAAAUGUCCCCGGAAUACGGUCCAACCUACCUCACCAUCAACGUCCAGCCGAAGAAUCGGGUGAUGGAUAGUAAACUGCAUUCGGCUCCGAUAAAAUCUAGACUCAAAACAACGUCUCAAGUUUUAGAAAGUAAGCAAGGAUCGGUUACACACAAGUUCGAAGUUGACGGUGAAGCCAACGUGUGCAUUCGCUCCAGUUCCGCCAAUCCAAAGUUCCCCCAACUCUUUGGUUUACGCGUUGAAACCAACGUCCACGAUCUGGCAUCAAAGAAAGCUUCCCACAGUGGAGACGAAGCGAGCGCCGAUGUACAUCUCAGUCAGAUGGAAUUAGAAAUGCAACGCAUUCAAAACGGUAUGCGAACUAUUCUCAACCAGGCCGAUUUUGCCAAAACGCGAGAUGCCGAAUUUCACAUCCAGACUAAGCAUAUGCACGAAGCCAGCAUGUGGUGGCCCGUGGUUCAAGUGUGUAUCCUUAUUAUUACAGGAUUCACACAAGCAUCGCACAUUACCCGAUUCUUUCAAUCGAGGCGAAUUAUAUAA